AAGAAGAAGAACAAGCCGAAGAAGAGAAUAGAAGGAAAAAGACGCAGGAAACCAUCCACAGCAAGAAGCAUGGCUGUUGACAUGAGAUUACCAACUCUUCGAAAAACAGUGGCGCUGCAAGAUGCUGCUUUUGACCGAAAGGAUCUGGUCGUCCCGGGCGAUGUUAUCACUUCAGACACCGGCUUCAUGAGGGGUCAUGGUACCUAUGUUGAUGACGAAAAGCUCACUGCUUCAGUCGCUGGAGAAGUGCAGAGAGUUGACAAGCUGAUUUGUGUCAGACCACUUAAAACCAGGUUCAAUGGAGAAGUUGGAGAUGUGGUGGUUGGUAGAAUAACAGAGGUCCAACAGAAACGAUGGAAGGUGGAGACUAACUCGAGACUGGACUCUGUCCUUUUGUUGUCCUCUGUCAAUCUGCCUGGAGGAGAGCUGAGAAGAAGAUCAGCAGAAGAUGAGCUCACUAUGCGGGAAUACCUUCAGGAAGGCGAUCUCAUCAGUGCAGAGGUACAGUCCGUCUUCUCAGAUGGAGCCCUGUCACUUCACACCCGUAGCUUGAAGUAUGGAAAAUUAGGUCAAGGAGUGCUGGUACAGCUUUCUCCUUCUCUCAUCAAGAGGCAAAAAACACAUUUCCACAAUUUGCCCUGUGGUGCAUCCAUUAUUCUUGGGAAUAAUGGCUUUGUCUGGCUGUAUCCCACACCAGGACAACAAGAGGAGGAGGCUGGGGGCUUCUACACCAGUUUGGAGCCUGUCAGCCUGUCUGAUCGAGAGGUGAUUUCAAGGCUGAGAAACUGCCUGCUGGCUUUGGCUGCACAUAAGGUCCAUUUAUAUGACACCAGUGUUCUCUAUUGCUAUGAAUCCUCCCUUCAGCACCAGGUCAAGGAUAUUUUGAAACCAGAAGUGAUGGAGGAGAUUGUAAUGUUGACGCAACAGAAGAUUUUGGAGCAAGAAGGUUAAAAAAAACAUAAAUGCUGAGUUCUAACUGGUCAAGAUCACAGUGGGCAACCAGUGCAAGGACUGGAUGCAUAUUUGAGGACAAACCUGGCUUCCUGUUGUCACAGUCUAAUGUGCAGUUAAACAAUUCAAUGUCAGAUAAUAACAUAGAAGCAACUGGUCUCAUGUUUUUAUUGUUGAACUUCUUCAUUGAGAUACACUUUUGGCCAUGUUUUAUUUACUACAAAACCUGGUAUAAACAAUAAAUUUUCUAUUAUUUUCAGGUA